UAUUCUUUUGCUGAGGCUUUAUUGCUUCGUAUGCAAGUAGAAAGGGAAAGAAAAGGAACAGCUUCUCAGUUAGAAACCAAAAGGAAAACCUUAGGCUUUUUCUUGUUUAUGCCAACAACAGGUCAAGACAAAAGCAAAUAUACGAUGAAAAGGUGUCUCAGUUGAAUAAACAGGAAAAGAUAUAUUUGCUUUCACUGAUGUGUCAAAAGAUCUCUUCUAAAACGAAAGCCUCACUGUUCUCAGUGAGCAAAUAGUGUACAUGUUAAGAACAUUUUAAAUAUUCGAAGGAGGUUUAGCAGGCGUUGAUUGUUUAAGACCCGAUAAUCAUUUCACAAACGUCUCCGACUGGCUCAGCGGUAAAUAUUUGUCACAACCAGCGGUAUCUGUCUGUUGAAUCUUAAUUAGAAAAUCCGUUUGCGUGGCGUGAACACAGUUCGCUCGAGUAGGUAGACUUCCACGCGGAGUUCUCAAAGAAAGACACAAAAUGGAAAUCAAAGAGGUAAUGGAAACUCUAGAGGAGCUGGUAACGUGUCAUCUUUGCUCAAAUGUUAUAAGGAAUCCUAAAGUUACGCCUUGUCUCCACACGUUUUGUUGUGAAUGUCUCAAAGAUGUUGCUAAAAGUCGGCCAUAUCAGACCACCAUCGCGUGCCCACUUUGCCAGUAUGAUAUCCGCAAACCAGAGGGAAACAAGUUCGAGGCGCUACCGACAAAUUUUUACAUUACACGUCUUCUUGACCUGCUCAUCGCUAAGAGACGCAGUUAUCCCGAAGCAUCUUGCGGCAACUGCCAAAAGAAGUUGAAGCUCAGCGCCUUCUGUUUCGCGUGUGACACAUUUAUGUGCGAUGAAUGCCUCAAUGCACAUAAUGUCAUUACGCGAAGUACUGGUCAUCGAACCGUGAGCUUGGGAAAAUUCAAACCGCGAGACUACGAAGAUAUGCUACGGCGUCCGAUGCUGUGCGCCCAUAAAUUCAAAGAGAAAGGAGUCGUGGAGUACUUUUGUUAUGACUGUGACGCUUCAGUAUGUCACAUAUGCAAUAUCGCCAUUCAACACACGCAUCGUAUUGUCGACCUUCAUGAGGCCGCCAGCGAGCAGAAACUGAAGUUUCGUGAAAUGAAUACCAAGCUCAAGGAGAAGAUACGAAUGGUGGAACUUGGUGUACACAAUGUUGAACACCGCUCCAUGGAGGUACAAGAGCAAGUUGAUUACUUGAAGAAGGACGUGACAGAGAAAAUGGAUAAACUUGUGGCGAUUAUACGAGCCCACCAGGAAGAAAUGAUCCAGAGUCUGGAGAGCAUUUGUAAAGACAAGCUGGAGAACUUAACAUUCCAGCUGAAACUUUUUGAGUCAAUGAUGUCACAGACCGAAGGUUCUUUCAACUUCAUCGAAGAUUUGCUUCAGAGGAACAUCAGCGAGGAAAUUAUGUACAUCAAGAAUCACGUCAAGUCACGCGUGGAGGAAAUCACCAGUCUCGAAGUGGGCACCAAUCCAGCGGAAAACGAACACAUUGGUUAUGUUCCCAACACGGAAAUGUUCGAAGGGCUCCAAAAUUCAAAGCUGGGCAGAGUUGUCACCAGUCUCACGGAACCAGCCUUGUCAACUGCUGAAGGGGACGGCGUGGAUGACGUGUCGGCAGGUGAGGAAGCAGAGUUUAUUGUGACAACCAGAAAUGCACAGGGUGAAGUCAGCUAUAGCGAAAUCGACCACGUGGUGGUGGAGGUCAAGUCGUCGAUGUGGGGCCUCAUAGAGAGCAGAGUUCGGAAUUAUCGAAACGGCAGUUACGAUGUCAGUUACAUACCACGCGUACCAGGACCUCAUCGUGUGCAAGUCGAGGUUGGUGGUCAUCUCAUCAGGGAUAGCCCCUUCAUGAUAGAAGUCAAGCCACCCAUACUUAGCCCGUUAAAGUCCUUUGGAUCUCAUGGAAACGUCGAUGGAAAAUUUACUCAACCACAUGGAGUGGCUGUUUCAAACACCGGACAGAUCAUCGUCUCUGACAGUUUGAAGCAUCGGAUCCACGUGUUUACACCGGACGGCGGGCAGAUCCUCGAGUUCGGCAGUGAAGGAACGAAAGAUGGCAAGUUGUUCCACCCGAUGUCCAUAGCCCUCAACAAGAGUCAAAAGUACGUGCUUGUGGCAGACAGUGACAACAACAGAGUGCAGUAUUUCGACGUGAAGACUGGAAAGUUUGUGAAAAAAUUCGGUUCCGAGGGCAGUGGCCAUGGCCAGUUCAACGGCCCCUGCGGCAUAUCAGUUGACCAGAAAGACCGCGUCAUCGUCACUGAUUGGAACAAUCACCGAGUGCAAGUAUUUAGCUCCGACGGCAAAUUCCUUUUCAAAUUUGGGGAUGCAGGCAACGACAGACUCAUUCAUCCCAGAUUUGCCAUGUACCAUGACGAAGAGGAACGUUUCCUAGUUGCUGAUACUGGUAACGAUGUAGUUAAAGUUUAUGACCAAAAUGGCGAUCUUUUAAGAAUAAUAGGUAGGCAUGGCCAUAAGAAAGGGGAGUUUUGUGGUCCCCGUGGCCUGGCGAUUGAUAAAAAUCAAAACAUAAUUGUAUGUGAUUUCGAAAACCACCGUCUACAAGUUUUCAAUAUUAAGGGGGUUGUUCUCAAUAGUUUUGGGACAAACGGAAAGGGUAUCGGCCAGUUUGCGUUUCCAUUAAGUGUUUCAGUUGUUCGAGGGUCGAAGGUUGUUGUGAGUGAUUGGGGUAACAACCGCAUACAAAUAUUCAAAUAUAGAGAUUCCAUGAACUAAAAUUGUUAGUCUAGUCACUACAUAUAAUGGUCUGGGCUAUUGUGUCGCAGGAGAUUGCGAUAUUUUCAUUUCAAACGUAUAUUGUAUUCUAAACUUAAGAAUUGCAGAGGAGGAAGAGCAGUUGAAGAUUUUGGGCAAACCAUAAGCAGCAAUGGAUUCUUUGCAACUGCGAUCUCUUAUCGGUUCGUCACUGAGACGGCACGAAUUUUAUCUUUUUUAAUCCAAUUUUGGGUUUUAUUGGUCUUUGGCAGCCAUUCUUUUGAGACUUUUCAGCGGCUUUAAACAAAAGCCCUUUAAUAUUUAACUAACUUACAAAUGAGAAUAUAAUAUCACAAGUUGAAGAAAAUAUUAUAUUAAUGUUAUAGCUUAUCAAUCGCUUUGAGGGUUCAAAAAGUCAGUUCAAUUUUUUUAGGCUCUAUUAUGCAAUGAAAAUAUAUUUUUUCGGAAAUAGGGCAGUAGCUGGCAAUAGUGUUAUAUAGAAUUUCACAAAUACUAUUAUGGUAAUAGCUUUAUCAUUUUCCCUAACCGGGAGCAGUUUACAAAUUUGAUCCAAUUUAUCUGGAUUCGAUUAAACAAACUACGAGGGCCUAACAUUUCAGGCAAAUGAUUUGUCAUAGCUCAGUGUUAGGUCAAAUCAGAUCUUAAUCCCUUCACUUCUAGAGGAGACCAAAAAGCAAUUUCUCUCCACAACAUGGACCCGUUUUCGAGAAGAAAAGUGAUGACAGAAAAAAACUUUCAACCAAGAAACGUUUGGAUGGCAAUUAACUGUCCACACCCUAACAUCAGUGUCCAUGUUCUCAAUGCUCUCCUCUGUACAUUUCCUUUGGCACUGGAAAGGAGAAUUUGUUUAACAAUCAAAACUUCUUAAGUUGGCGAUCAUUUCCUUUCCUCUUACAAUCUUAAUGAAGGAUUCCAAACUAACUAUUACUGCAAUGAGAAUUCAAAUGCUAGCCACUUUUAGGGUUUAAAGGAUUAAGGGUCUGAUCUUGGGAGA